AUGAUUCCCUCAGCCGCGCCCGCCAACAUGAUGGCUACCAGGGCCAGCGCUGUCCCCGACGAACAGGACGACUCCCGCUCGUCGUCUUCUACCGCCUCGCCCGUCCCUGCCGACAACGAAGAGUCCGAUUUCUUUCUUGGCGCCAACGACUCCGAGUCGUCUUUGGGCGUCCCCAACUUCCAGGACAUGCAGGUCGAGGACUCGUGCUGGCCGCCCAUCAACAGGCUGCCCAACGAGAUCCUCAUCAGCAUCUUCGCCAAGCUCGGCGCCACAUCAGACCUGUAUCACUGUAUGCUGGUAUCCAAGCGAUGGGCUCGCAACGCCGUCGACCUGUUGUGGCACCGCCCUGCCUGCACCAACUGGAGAAACCAUAGCAGCAUCUGCCAGACCCUGGGCCUCGAGCGCCCUUUCUUCAGCUACCGCGACUUCAUAAAGCGAUUAAACCUCGCCGCCCUUGCUGACAAGGUCAACGAUGGAAGCGUCCUGCCCUUGGCCGCCUGCACCAGGGUCGAGAGGUUGACGCUGACAAACUGCCGGGGCUUGACCGACUCUGGCCUGAUCGCCCUGGUUGAGAAUAGCCCGUCGCUGCUGGCUUUGGAUAUUUCCAACGACAAGAACAUCACUGAGCAGUCCAUUAAUACUAUUGCCCAAAACUGCAAGAGGCUGCAAGGUCUCAACAUCUCCGGCUGUGACGGCAUCUCCAACGAGAGUAUGAUUAACCUGGCACAAAGCUGUAAAUAUAUCAAAAGGCUGAAACUAAACGAAUGUGUACAACUUCGCGACAAUGCUAUUCUCGCCUUUGCGGAACUAUGCCCCAACAUUCUUGAAAUCGAUCUCCACCAAUGCAUGCAUAUUGGGAACGCUCCAGUUACAUCCCUCUUGUUCAGAGGAACCUGCUUGCGAGAGCUCCGGCUUGCCAGUUGCGAGCUGAUCGACGACAGUGCAUUUUUAAAUCUUCCCGAUAAGCGAGUGCGGACCUAUGAACAUCUCCGAAUCCUCGACUUGACUUCCUGCACACGCCUUACUGAUGCCGCCGUGGAAAAAAUUAUCGACGUUGCCCCCCGCCUUCGCAAUUUGGUCCUUGCCAAGUGCCGCAAUAUUACGGAUGCCGCCGUACACGCCAUCUCGAAGCUUGGCAAGAACCUUCACUACGUCCAUUUAGGCCACUGCGGCCAAAUUACCGACGAGGGUGUCAAGAAGCUCGUACAGAGCUGCAAUCGUAUAAGAUAUAUCGAUUUAGGUUGUUGCACAAACUUGACAGACGACUCCGUAAAGCGAUUGGCGUUGCUCCCAAAACUAAAGAGAAUUGGUCUCGUGAAGUGCAGUUCCAUCACCGAUGAAUCCGUCUUUGCCUUGGCUGAAGCCGCUUAUCGGCCCAGAGUACGGAGAGAUGCUAGCGGAGUGUUUAUCGGAGGGGAAUACUACACGCCUAGUCUGGAGCGCGUCCAUCUGAGCUAUUGUAUUAAUUUGACAUUAAAGAGCAUCAUGAGGCUGCUCAACUCAUGCCCGAGACUCACUCACCUUAGUUUGACUGGCGUUGCUGCUUUUCAACGGGAUGAUUUCCAAGCUUACUGCAGAGUUGCGCCGGCUGAAUUUACUCAGCACCAACGCGACGUCUUUUGUGUCUUUUCUGGCAGUAUGGUCUCCCAGUUCCGUGAGUUCCUCAACACCUCAUCGCAAUUCGCAGAGCUCCGGGAAAGCCUGCCGUACCGAGCCGGGGGCAGUCGGAUCAGGGGUGCGGCUGCUAGACGUUCACAAGCUAUGGCCAACUAUCUCAACGCCGCUGAAGGUGAAGGCUUUGACGAUGAAAUGCCUGAUGAAGAGAAUGACUUUGAAGGCCUCGAAGGGACCGACAUGGCAGUUGACCCAGCGGCCCAGAAUCCACCACACAUUCCUGCUGCGCUUGCGUCUUCCGCGCCAUCGAUCCCAGUACCGCCGCCGCCGCCAGCACCUGGAAUCAUGCAGUAUCCUUUUGCUUCGGCUAGUCAUGCUCACCCGGCGAUUCCGAGUUUGGAACAGCAAUACGCGGCUUUAGUGGGACCCUUGGCUUUUUCUAGCUUCAUCACCAACGAACCAGCGACUGGCAAUCCACCACUUAGCGCUAAUGGGCGAGCGCAGGCAAGUAUAGCCAAUUUGACCUCGCAAUCAAUUCCCCAACGGGCGAGAACAUCUUCUGCAAGUGGUCUAGCAAAUGGCACUGGAGCUAGCACAGCUCCUCUGCACCAGCACCCUCCAGAUGACGAACAGCAAUGA